AUGUCAAGGGCUCUGGAGCUGGGGGUGAACCAGAACCUUCAUCGGAAGGCGCUGGUCUCUUCUAUCGGAGAAAAGGAGGCAGUGAGAGAAGGGGAACGGCUGGAGCAAGAGACUGCUGAGAGCACCCGAGAGCUGGGCCUAGGCUAUAUAUCCCCAGCACCUAACGCCGGGCUUGGCCUCUGGGAGGCGCUCGACAGGGGUGGCUGGAUAGAAGUGUUCAUGCCCCCCCUGGGAGAUCCCUUGUACAUCAAUGUGAAUACACUGAACUGGACUGUCCAUUCACAAACGGUCAAGGGGCGAGGAAGACGGCGUUGGCCGUGCUGGUGGCAGGAGCGCGCUGUGGCCGGCAGCUCUGGGCUCCUGCAGAACUGUUGGGAGCAGCUGCGGAGGAAACUUCAGUGGAGCUGGCCAGUCUUUCCAAGUCCUCUGAGGGGACCAGCAUUAGUGGUCCAAGGUCCAGCUGUAUUAGAACCAGCAAAUGAUACCAAGGGAAGUAAGGAGAUUUCCCGCCUUUUGGAUAGUAUCUUUUGGAUGGCAGCUCCCAGAAACAGACUCAGCAUUGAAGUCAACCAGUGUAGGAGAAGAAACCCUCAUAAGCUUAUUAAAGUUAAGACCAAUAUAGACGUUUGUCCUGAAUGUGGUCACCUGAAACCAAAACAUGUCCUUUGUGGCUGUUGCUAUGAGAAGGUGUGCAAGGAGACUGCAGAAAUCGGAACACAGAUAGGAAAACUCGAAGGCGGCCCUGUCAAGGCUCCUAGCGUAGAGACCACGGUGCUCCACACGGGAGAGGCAGCGUCUGAACGAGCUCAGGGCAAGAGGACCCUUGAACGAGACAGGAAGCGACCGUCCUGGUUCACCCAGAAUUGACACCAAAGAUGUUCAAAGAGGAUAACUUCACAUAAAACA